UGGCAUGAAGAGGGCAGUUGGGGCGUGUUCCUGCCUGAUAACACCCGGCUCCUGCACAGCACUCGAGGGUAGGACGGGACCCCUGGGACCAGCCUACACAACUUGCACCGGGUAACUGUAACAUGAACCAGCAAGAAGCACAGUUUUUUUUCUGGUCUCCCUUGAAGCAAGAAGUGUAACAGCUUGGAAAGGAAAGAUAAAGGAUAUGUUGAAUUAGAGAGGGUAAUUUGGGGUAACAGAAGGAGGAAAUAGAGCAUUAGCUUGUCAAGAAGGCCUCAACAGUUUGCUCAGCUCGAGGUGAGUAAUGGACUGUGUUUCUUUAAGCUUUACCCUGCUUUUGAGCGCAUUUUUGGUGAACUGAGGCUUUUACAGCCCUGGGACAGGCUGGGCAACCCAGAGGCAGCACAGGUGGAAGGGUGGCUGAGCUUUUCCUGAUGGGAAGAGAUGGAUGAGUGGACACUGUGCAGGACAUGCAACUGGACCUUUUCUAAAAGACAGCAAAAUGAGUUGAAAAACACUCAGCAUUUGGAGCAGUGUCCUGGCUGGGGCUUGUCAGUACCUUCCCCACCCAGGGCAACAGCUGACCACCCCAAAAAUGCUGCUCUCCUUCAAAGGAGGCCCCUACAGUAAAAGAUAUCACCAGGAAUGAGCUUUGAGCACCCCACAGCUACCACAAGGACAGUAAAAAGAAAUUACAAGAGCAGAUUUUAAUACGAACUAAAAAGCAUGGAAGUAUUAUACACGUAAAUGCCACUUCCGAACCGCUGGAUACCCCACAACCAUUAAAUGCUAGAAAUGACUGGUUUUCACUCAGCCCCUGUGUUCUGCCCUGGUUUCACAGGGCAGAGGCCCCGAGGGGACGAGCCCACCAUGCCCAGGCGGGCACGGCCGCAGCGGCGGCGCCCGGGCGAGAGCUACGAGGAGAGGAGCGAGCGGCGGCAGGAGGCGAGGGAGGGGCUGCGCAGGAGGGACAAUGCCACCGCCUGCCGCCCCCCGGCCCGGCCCGCCCGGCGGCCAGAGCACAGCCCCCGGCAAAGGGAGUUCCUCAGGAGGAGGAACCUGGCGGGCGAGGCCGAGGGGACCCUGCCGGGACAGGAGCCCGAGGCACGAACCCCUCCGGACCCCUCCUCACGGGUGGAGCCCAGCCCGAGCAUCCUGCUCCAGGUACAGCCCCUCCCCUCAGCCUGUUUUGGGGAGACACUGACUGCAGCUGCCCUCUCGUUCCAGCACCCGAGGAGCUGCCCCACACUGUCCCCUGCACAGUCCCUGCUGCACCUCAGCAUCCCCCAGGGACGAGGGGACUCUGUCAACACCCAAGGAACCCAGACCCUCCCAGACGCCAGCACAGCAGUGAAAGACUCGAGCCAGCAGACAGAUUGGGGAAUUGCAGUUUUGAAUAAGGAAAUGGUGCAGCUCUCCAACUACCUGAAGGAGGCCCUGCACCGCGAGCUGCUGCUCAAGCAGAAGAUGGUGAUUUUGCAGGAGCUUCUCUCCACGCUGCUCCAGGCAUCAGAGAAAUCCUGGCAGGGUCAGCUGAAUGAAGACAAACUGAGGUGUAAACUACGGGUGCUGGAAAAUCAGUUGCAGGCCUGCACCCAGAGUUACUCAAAGGAGUGUGUGAAGAAGAUCCUGAUAGAGAUGGAGGACCAGAAGCAGACCUAUGAGCAGAAGGCAAAAGAGGCUCUUCAGAAGAUGCUGGAGGACAAACUCCAAGCAGAGCAGCAGCUGCAAAACUCUCAGAGAAGCCUGGCAGAGACACGAGAGGACCUUGCCCUCUGGAAGGAGCACGACACCGCCCUCAAAGCCGAACUGACCAAGGUGACCACAGCACACACCGAGCUCAAAAACAGCUUCCAGUCUUUACAGAGUGAGUUCCAGCGGGCGGACGCGCAGAACGAGCGGCUGAGCCGGGAGCUGCAGGUGCUGCGGGAGGAGCACACGGAGCUGCUGCAGAGAGCCAGCGCCCUGCGCAGCGACAACGACCGCCAGGCCGGCCACAUCCGCCACAUCCAAGAUAAAUUGCAAAAAGAGCAGGAGCAGAAGGUAACACUGGAAGCAACAAUCAGCCAUUUGCAGAACUUGAUCCACAACCAGAACAACCAACAGGAGAGCCAGGAGGUGAUGGUGCAAAGGAAAGACCAGGUUUUCACCACACAGACCCCACCUCUCACUCCUGCCAAGGAAAAACAAAACUCUCUGUUAGAGCACCCUGAGGAGGAGGGAACAGAAAGUCUGAAGGAUGAGAUGCAGAAAAGGACAUCCCAGCUCACAGCAAAGGAGGACGAGGUUCAUGAGGACACUUGGGCAGCAGAGCUGGGCCGUGCCCGUGCCCGUGGGCAGGUGAAGCGCUGCGGCUGCUGCGGCAGCCCGGCCGCUCUGGGUGUGUACAGACCCGAGGGGGCCCCUCCUGCUAAGAGCCCCUUGCUGUGCUUGCAGUGCUCGAAGCUGCGCUCGGAGCUGGAGGCGCUGAGCGAGGAGUACCAGUCCUGCCUGACCCGGCUGCGCCAGUGCCGGGACGAGCUCAACCGCUCCCACGGCAGCCAGGCACAGAGACAGCGUGGUCACUGGAUCCCUCUCCUGGUGGCAGUGGUAGCAGUGGCCGUCGCCACCUUCCUCGCGAGUUACAGGCUGUGAAGGAGCUCCUGGAUGACUGACUUCACUGCAGGAACUGACCUCUGCUUCACCAAAAGCAACUCGACCUCACCGCACCUUCUGCUGUUUCGUACGUGCACAUUUGGUUCUUAUCCUGAGCUGGUCUCACUCCAGACAACUCCCAAUAAACACGGGAACAUCACCCCUUCCCUCA